AGCCGUAGACGAUGUCCUGGUCAGGGGAGAGCGUCUGCUGGUGCCGACCAGCCUCCGACAGCGUCUGUUAGCAGCAGCACACGAGGGACAUCAAGGAAUAGUCCGGACGAAGCAGCGGAUCAGGCAGCACUUCUGGUGGCCUGGACUGGAUGCAGCGGUGGAAGAGAUGGUCAGAGCGUGCGAGGUUUGUGCAUCUUCCGACAAGACGGCUACUCCGAGGAACGCUCCGCUGCACCCUGUACCGCUGCCCGAAGGACCGUGGGAGAAGGUCGGGAUCGACUUCAUCGGGCCGAUGGAAGGCGGAGGACAGCGGCAGCGGUUCGCCAUCGUUCUGGUGGACUACUUCUCCAAGUGGCCAGAGGUCGGCUUCUGCUCGAGCCCGUCGACGGAGGCGGCGAUCGACUUCCUGGAGGUGGUUGCUUCCAGGGAGGGGUACCCGUUACAGGUGGUCUCUGAUAACGGUACGGCUUUUGUGUCCGCAGAAUUCACGGCUUACCUGCGGAGGGUCGGCGUUCAGCAUGUACGGGUAACGCCGUACCACCCCAGAGGCGCUGGAGCGGUGGAGCGCAUGAACAGAGUGGUGAAGUCCGCGCUGCAGACGGCGUCCAAAGAGAAGCAGGACUGGUCACAGGCGGUGCGCCAGUUCCUGUGGACGUACCGUUCGACGCCUCAUGCAACCACCGGCCUGAGUCCGUCGGAGAUGCUGCAUGGUCGUCAACUCCGGACGAUGCUGCAUGCACCCACGCACCCUCCGGGAUCGCUGAGCUGGUUGGACCAUCGGCGUACCGGCUGGACAGUGGAGCACUGGUCCACGCCGAGAGGCUGAUUCGCUGGACUGGGUCGCCUCCGACCGGACUGGGAGACGCCGAGCAGCCGCAGCUCUCGGAUCUUCCCGUCGUCCGCUCCCCGCCGGAGCCGGUCGACGAGCCUCCGGCUGAGGCCACGGCGGCGGCACAGACUCCAGAGCGGCGGCCGGAUCGUCAGCCCGACGUGCCGGGCUCACCAUCUGCGACACCCGCGGUGGACACAGCGGCGGCGACGCGCUCGCCGGCCAGUGAGACGAGCGGCUCCGGGUUCGAGGGUGCUCAGAGUGAUGGGCACCGCACGCGAUCUAGGAGACGUGUUCGUGCACCUGUGCGUUGGUGUCCGUAGGUGUACCUUUGUGUAGGGGGGAAAGAUGUAGUGUCUGGGCCGCCCGCCCGGUGGGGCGCUCGCGGCGGCACAGCAUGCCACAGGGGCAGACUGGCCAGCUGGGCGGCUGGGCGGCUGGGCGGCGGCCGGGCGGCCGGGCGGGAGUCGCCGGCCGGGGGCUGAGAGGCGCGGAGCGCGCUGUCCUGCAUAUCUUUUGUUAUGUCUCUUUGAGUUCAAUACCAUCGUCUAUGUGAGAAGACGUGACUGUGAGUGGCGGACGAGGACGGC